GGAGACUGCUCGUGUUUCAAUGUAGCAGCGUGCAGUUGUGUCACAGCUGGGUCUUGCAGCACUGCCGCCAUCUCCAGGAGCUCAGUGAUGACGCAAUGUGAAUUCUGGGGCGCAGGUUGAAUCCUAAUUUUGGAAAUGGUAAUCUGAUGAGAGCGGGAGCUGUGAAAAGAUCCGACUGCUGUUUGCUGCAUGAUGUGCAUUGCCUGAGGGGACGCUAAGCCUGAGAAGUCACUGGUCACAAUGGGUUGCCAGGAGGUGCACGCAGUGACUUUAUUGGCUUUUGUAUGCGGAACGGCCUCCAUAUCAGGUCUCUUUGCCGCCACUCUUCUACCCCAAUGGAGGCUGAUGAAGCUUUACACAUUUAACAGGAAUGAGAAGAACCUCACAGUCAGCAUGGGGUUAUGGGUGAAGUGCACGCGCCUAGAAUGGAGCAGGGACUGUAUGAUCUAUGAUACAGAAUGGUACGCCAGCGUGGACCAGUUGGAUAUCCGUGUCCUGCAGUUUGCCCUUCCCUUCAGCAUCCUGACGGGGGCCGCUGCCCUUAUCCUGUGUCUGACGGGGAUAUGUAAUACCACAUUCAGCUCUACCAUGCCAAGUCUGAAGCUUACCAAGUGUCUCGUCAACAGUUCCGGCUGCCAUCUUGUGGCUGGCAUGCUAUUUUGUUUAGCAGGUGCCAUGAGCAUCACCCCAUCCGCCUGGGUCAUAUUUUACAACCAUAUCUUAAACAGCAAAUAUGGGCCGUACUUCACCUAUGACAUUGCCGUCUUUGUUGCUAUUGGGAGUGCUGGAGGAAUGUUCUUCACUGCGGCAUUGCUAUUUGUGUGGUACUGUAAUUGUAAAUCCUUGACCUCUGCUUACUGGCAGCCCCUCUACUCUCACAUCCCAAAUAUGCAGAAUUACAUUCCCCCCUCAUACUCCUCUCAGUCCCACCUGUCAGCCAUUGACAUAGACUUUCCUGUCACCUAUACUGUUUAGUUCUAUAGAGUCAUUUGUGACACCGAUGUUUUUUAAUUUUUUUUCCAUUCUUGGCGCUGUAUAUUGUGUAAUGAGCAUUAAAGGGGUUAUAAGUGAGUAUACGUCUUUCCCUCCCCUGCCAGGCCCUACAAUUUAGGAUGCAUUCACACGACUGUGCCGUGUUUUGCGGAUCCGCACCUGGACCCAUUCAUAAGGUCCUGCGAAUGAGCCCUUACUAAUGUGUUUGCGCUAUUUUUUCUGUCUCACUCCGGAGAUUGGGAGAGUGGUCAUAUGACGGCACCCUCUGUGGAGACUGUAUUUCCUCUGACAUCACGACUACCUCCCAUCUGUCUGAAUUCUCGGCCGAACGGUCGUGAUGUCAGACCUAUGUGAUCUUGGAAUGGGCUGGUCGAUGCCCUCAAUCAGAGUAGGCCGCGUCCACUGGUUGUCAUA